AUGAAAGGGAAAAAAGGUCGCUACAUCCACGGUGUUGGACUGGGGAGCACAUUCUUGGACUAUGUCUUCAAUGGCAUAACAGCCCAAGACAUCGCAGAACAAUGUAUCGGUGCGUACAGAUACAUUGUAGACAAUUACGUGGGUGGAGAAUAUGAGAUCUGGAUGUUUGGUCUCAGUCGUGGAGCAUACACUAUCCGUUGCGUGGCCGGAAUGAUUAACAAUUGUGGUAUUAUCAAACGCGACAACCUCUCUGAGACCGAGAUAGACCUUCUUUGCCGAGAGGUAUACAGGAUCUACCGUUCGAGAUACAAGAUUGAUGAGCCCGACUCCGCGCAAUCGAAAGCUUUUCGAAAAGGUGUCUCCUGGCCUCAAAUCGGGGAUGACGAUGACGAUGAGGCAUCAGUUGUAGAGCCUAUCCGAUUCAUGGGUCUAUUCGACACAGUCGGUUCCCUCGGUAUGCCCUCGUUCACCGGUGGUGUAGGGUUGGAAUGGCCCGGCUUCUACGACCAGAACGUUUCAUCCGUCGUCGAGCAUGUUUAUCAAGCCACUUCUCUGCAUGAUCGGAUGUAUGUGUUCGAGCCUUGUCUUGCUGGGCGUGACUCGACGAAGAGGAAGUGGGGGGAUAGACAGAAGUGGAAUAUCCACCAGAAGUGGUUCCCGGGAACACACUACGAUCUUGGACGCCAGCGCUUCAAAUUCUUUCGAGAUGGCGUCGGUGUCUCGUUAGCGGAAAGCUUACUUGCAAAAAUUGGACUCGUAAGCAAGGUCAUUGAACCCAAUCACGUCCUCGCCGACCUCGUUUUGAAGUGGAUGCUAGAAUCCAUCAAGAGGCACGACGCCAAUUCCCUGGUCAUAGAGAGUUUCGAAAAGAGGGAUAUUAUAGACAGAAUCCUCUCUAACGACAGAAAAAUCGGGGAUGGGGACGUGUACAAUCAUAUUGUCGAGUACGCACCACUGGGGAAGCUUGGACUGGAGGUUUGGAGAAAUCUUCCGGGAGUGGGAAGCCAUGUCAACGCCAUCUACGAGCUAUUGUUCGCACUUAGGGACAGACAUAUUCCAGAGCAUGAUGCGGAUGUGUAUGAUUACCGAGCACCAGAUCCGGAAAUUUCGGGUAGAAUGUCAAUACAGGAGCUUGCAGGUAUUCCUAACACAACGGGAAUCAAAGUGGAGGAUGAGAGGAAGAGAUACCCCAGUAGAACCUAUGAUACCUGGGAUUUGAAGAGGAGGCUCCGUCUGUAG